UCCACGUGGACAAUUAAUUAGAGGCCGUGGACUGACUACACCGUCGUCCAGUCUGGCUGCUUCGUGAGAGGCACCCUCCUUCCACGACGGUCUUAAAAGUCAACUCCUUCUCUCACGCAAUCCCCUGUCCCGCGUAACACCUGACGACAACUUCUUCCCCAUUUUCUUCUUUUUAUAUUUUUUUUCAGUCGUUUUUAUUAAAACCCGCGAAGAACAAACAUUCAUUACAUCUCUCAGAUCAGUUCAUCGAGUUUUACUUUGAAGAACACGAAGACUGUCUAAGAUUGUUUUUCUUUUACUCUUCUCUCCUGAUAGUAAAGCCUCGGAGAUUGAAGCCUCCAUUGAAAGAAAUUGUUUCUUGUGAACUUAACCAGUUUGAAGACAUGGCAAACCGAACAGAAAAUUCACUACGCUGUUCGAUUAGUAAAAAGACAAAUGGUGGCAUAAUGUUCCUAAUAGCAACUUUCGCAGGAAUAGUUAUCGGAUUUUUAUUAGGCAUAUCUUUCCCUGCUUUGUCACUGACUAAAAUGAAUUUUCCAUCAAGCAUACUUCCUAUGGUUAAUACUAUAUAUGUAGAAGUUGAGAAACAAGAGAUAUCAUCUAGAAAGAGUCCAUCAAAAGGGCCUAAGUCAAGUGAUGCAUCAUCUCAUAAGAUUUGGGUUCCAUCAAAUCCUCGAGGUGCAGAGAUGUUGCCUCCAAGUUUUGUUGAAGCUGAAUCAGAUCUAUACUUAAGAAGAUUGUGGGGAUUGCCUAAAGAUGAUUUACCGGAGGUGAAGCCUAAGUAUCUUGUUGCUUUUACCGUUGCUUAUGAACAGAGGAAAAACAUCGAUGCUUGCAUCAAGAAAUUCUCAGAUAACUUCACUGUUGUUCUGUUUCAUUACGAUGGAAGAACUUCGGAAUACGAUGAAUUUGAAUGGUCUAAACGAGCUAUACACGUUAGUGUACCUAAACAAACCAAGUGGUGGUAUGCUAAAAGGUUUCUGCAUCCUGACAUUAUAGCACCAUAUGAAUAUAUAUUCCUUUGGGAUGAAGACCUCGGCGUUGAAAACUUUGAUGCAGAAGAGUACAUCAAGAUUGUAAAGAAACACGGUCUAGAAAUUUCGCAACCCGCUGUUGAAUCAAGAAAAAAGAUCACAUGGAGGAUAACAAAGAGAAUACCAGGAAUCGAAGUUCACAAAGAAGUCGAAGGUGGGGCACCAGGCCACUGCAAGGACCCUCACUUACCUCCAUGUGCAGGGUUUAUAGAGAUUAUGGCUCCGGUUUUCUCAAGAGAUUCUUGGCGCUGCGUGUGGCAUAUGCUUCAGAAUGAUUUGGUUCAUGGUUGGGGUCUUGACUUUGCGCUAAGGAAAUGUGUCGAGCCUGCGCAUGAGAAGAUUGGUGUUGUGGAUUCUCAAUGGAUUAUUCAUCAAAAGAUUCCUUCUUUAGCAGCCCAGGGAACCUCUCAAGAUGGGAAAUCUGCGUUCCAAGGGGUAAGGGAAAGAUGUCAUAUGGAAUGGACAAUAUUUGAGAAAAGAAUGGCACGAUCAGAGAAGAAGUAUCUGAAAGAAAUUGCACCUGCGUCUUCAAACUCUACACUUAAUUAAACAACCAAAAACAGAGGAGGGACUGAAUAGAAAAACGUGUUCAGAUAACAUUCCAGGAAGAAGGCUAAAAACUAGAUUGUUGAUAUGGGGAUUAUGAUUAUAAUGAGCACAUAUCCAAAUACAUACACAAUGUAAUUAUGUAAAAGGAACUACAUAUAUUUUGUUU